UAUAUAUACACAUUUUAGCUGCAACGCUUAAACAAAGUUGCACCUGAAACGUGUUGUGUAGUGUACCACCUAGAGCAACUCAAACAUAGGCCCUGAUGUGUACACAUUGACUAUCGCAUAAAUCUAUAGAAUGGAACUAUGGUGAAGGGUGUAAAUCGUACGAAUGUGUUUCUACAACAGGUUGCCCGCAACACUGCGGGACAGGAACCUACAGCCGCUCCUCCCGCCGCUGAAUCAUCGCAACUGGAGCAAGAAGCACAGAGAGUUGGCCUGCAACUAUCAAAGUGUGAAACUAAAUUGACAGAACUGUCCGCACUGGCUCGAAAACGAAGUAUAUAUGUGGAUCACACGGCUGAAAUUGAACGUCUUACCAAUGAUGUCAAGGAGGGUAUUACUGCAGCAUCCAGCAAAAUAGAUGAAUUCGAAACAAAAGUGCGUAGUAUUAGACAUAAGAAUGAUCAUGUUCGACAACAUUAUGAAAAUCUGCUAGGAACGCUGAGAAAACAGCUGUGUGAGCUGACUAAAAGCCUGAAGGAUGCACUGUACCAAAGAGCACAAGUUAUGAUACAACAAGAAAUGAGACGUAAAAUGUACUCACAUACAGAUGCAGACCAUAGUAUCAACGCUACAAGUAACACCAGGAGGAGGUUCACUAUGCAACCGAGCCAUGAAGAUGUUCAACAGCUGGACCUCGAAAGUGGUGUAGUGGAACGACCCUCGCGAUCAGUAAUAGCUGAUGCAAAGGCAGAAGCACUAGCUAAUGUGCAACGCGCCAUCAGCGAACUUAGUCAAAUCUUCCAGCGCAUGACCACAAUGGUAACACAGCAAGAUGAAAUGAUACAACGCAUAGACAUGGAUACAGAAGACUCAUUGGCAAAUGUAAUUGCUGCACAAAGCGCGCUCUCACGCUACUACAAACGCAUCUCCAACAAUCGCAUGCUUAUACUAAAGAUAUUCUGCAUACUAGUCGUGUUUCUGAUCUGCUAUAUCCUAUUCCUAACAUAAUG